UUUAUUAAUUUUUAAUAGAUAGAGAUGCUGUGUGGGUGAAAGAAAGAGAGUUGUUGGAUCAACACCAACACCACUUCUAUAAAACCAUCAACUGGGGCAUAUAUAGCAAUAUUAAUCGAAACUAAGAAAAAAUGGAGUGGUGUUCCAUUAAUCCUUGUAGGGUGUUGGUGGUUUCAGUGGUAUUGUUAUCAUAUAACAUGCUCUUGAUCUCAUCACCUCCUGCUGCUGCUGCUGCUACAACUGACGCACAGGUGGAGGCUGAGGCCGAGGCUCUCCGCAACUCCACUUGGUGGUGGUACAUGGAAAACACUACUUCUCAUCAUUGCACAUGGGACGGCAUCACCUGCAACAGGGAAGGACGUGUUAUUCAGAUUACCUAUUUAGAUUACUAUAACCCACGGUAUAAGCUUAGCCAGUUGAAGUUUUCUUCAUUUCCCAGCCUCCUCCAUCUCAACCUUAGCCAUUCUUACAUCUAUGGUCACAUCCCAGAUGAUAUAGGUACGCUUACAAAACUCACUUACCUCCGUAUCUCUUAUUGUGCACUUGAUGGUGAGCUACCUGUUUCACUGGGUAACCUCACUCUAUUAGAGGAAUUGGAUUUGAGUCUUAACGGUCUCUCUGGUGCCAUCCCUUCCUCUCUUGGAUAUUUGAAGAAUCUUAUUCAUUUGCAUUUGAGUUAUAAUUACCUCUCUGGUGCCAUCCCUUCCUCUCUUGGAUAUUUGAAGAAUCUUAUUCAUUUGGAUUUGAGUUAUAAUUACCUCUCUGGUGCCAUCCCUUCCUCUAUUGGAUAUUUGAAGAAUCUGAUUCAUUUGGAUUUGGGUUCUAACUCUCUUUCCAGUGUCAUUCCUUCCUCUCUUGGAAGUUUAACCAACCUGGAAUACUUGUACCUUAAUUUCAAUCGAAUCAACGGUUCCAUCCCUUCUGAAAUUGGGAAUUUAAAAAAUUUGGUUCAAUUGUCCUUGAGUCAUAAUGCCCUUCUUGGUACUAUUCCUUCAUCUUUGGGUAAUCUUAUCAAUUUGACUUAUUUCCAUCUCAUCGACAAUCAAAUCCAGGGUCUCAUCCCCUUGUCAUUUGGUAAUCUUACCAAUUUGACUCAUUUGUAUCUUCGUUAUAAUCAAAUCAAUGGUUCCAUCCCUCCUGUAAUUUGGAAUCUGAAGAAUUUAAUUCAUCUCAGAUUGGAUCACAACAACCUUACCGGUGUUAUUCCUUCUUUGGGCUAUCUCAUUCAUUUAAAUGUGUUCAACAUUCGUAGAAAUCGAAUCAGAGGUCACAUUCCUUCUAAGAUAGGAAAUUUGAAUAAUCUGACUAGCCUCGACCUUAGUGAUAACUUGAUCGAUGGAAAGAUACCUUCCCAGCUCCAAAAUUUGAAGAGUUUAGAAAGCUUGAACCUCUCCCACAAUAAACUCUCGGGUCACAUUCCUCCUCUUUCUAUAUAUAUCCACAAAGGGUCAUCCAUUGAUUUUUCACACAAUGAUUUUGAGGGUCAUAUACCCCAUGAAUUGCAGUUUGUAUAUCCACCAAGGGUUUUUGGCCACAAUAAAGGUUUAUGUGGUGAAAGGGAAGGCUUGCCUCAUUGCAAAAGAGGACACAAAACUAUUCUCAUCAUUUCUUUAUCUACCAUCUUGUUUCUUUCUUUUGUGGCCCUUGGGAUUCUCUUGCUUUCACGGAAGACAAGAAGAAAUCAAACCAAGGCAACUUCGACAAAAAAUGGAGAUAUAUUUUCAGUGUGGAACUAUGAUGGUAAGAUUGCUUAUGAAGAUAUCAUUGAAGCAACAGAAGAUUUCGAUAUCAAAUAUUGCAUAGGUACUGGAGGUUAUGGCAGUGUUUACAAGGCUCAAUUGCCUACAGGUAAUGUGGUAGCCUUGAAAAAGCUUCAUGGAUGGGAAAGAGAUGAGGCAACAUACUUGAAAAGUUUUCAAAAUGAGGUGCAGGUUUUGUCAAAAAUACAACAUCGGAAUAUCAUAAAACUUCACGGCUAUUGUCUGCACAAAAGAUGCAUGUUUUUGAUUUACAAGUACAUGGAAAGAGGAAGCUUAUACUGUGUAUUGAGCAAUGAAGUUGAAGCUUUGGAAUUGGAUUGGAUUAAAAGGGUGAAUGUAAUCAAAAGCAUAGUCCAUGCUUUAUGUUACAUGCAUCAUGACUCUACUCCACCCAUUAUUCAUAGGGAUGUAUCAAGUAACAAUAUUCUUUUGGACUUUAAACUGGACGCUUUUCUAUCUGAUUUUGGCACUGCUAGACUGCUACAUCCUGAUUCAUCCAAUCAAACUCUUCUUGCAGGCACUUAUGGUUACAUAGCACCAGAGCUUGCCUACACUAUGGCUGUGACGGAAAAAUGUGAUGUUUACAGCUUUGGAGUGGUAGCGCUUGAGACAAUGAUGGGAAAGCAUCCGAGAGAAGUUUUCACCUUAUUGUCUUCCUCAUCAGCUCAAAACAUAAUGCUCACCGACAUAUUAGAUUCACGUCUACCAUCUCCUCAAGAUCGACAAGUUGCUAGAGAUGUAGUUCUUGUUGUGUGGUUGGCACUUAAAUGCAUACAUUCUAAUCCGAGAUCUCGUCCAACAAUGCAACACAUCUCAUCGAAGCUUCUUAUUCAAUCACCAUUUCUUGAACCUUUUCAUGGGAUUUCACUUUGGCAACUGAAUAUUCAAGAAAUAUAAUUAGGUAACUGGCAUCCAAUGAUGAUACCAAUUUUGAUUUGCUUUGAUAUUACCAAUAUGUGUUCCAUAUUGUUUUUCAACUUCAUAAUUUUUAUAAGACAAGAUGAUCUAUUAAUAUAUUUAGAUAGGUGGAUGUUAAAUUGAAUCCAC